AAAGAUCGGGGACAAUAAAGUUUAACCUAAUUAAAAUUAAUCUCUAUUCUCAUCCAAUCCACUCACUCUUUCGUCCACCCUGGAGUUUUCAUAUCCUCCCCUUCUUUACCUCUGGCAUGUCAGAAUGUGUGUGUGUGUGUGAGAGAGAGAGAGAGAGAGAGAGAGAGAGAAAGAGGGAGAGGGAGAGGGAGGGAGAGGGAGAGGGAGAGAGAGAGUCAGAUAAAGGGACCAGAGUGAGCAGACUGAAGCUGAGCAGUGAGAGCAGGUUGAGCAGCAGCAGCAGCAGCAGUGGCACAUUUCCUUGUGGAAGUGGACAAUCUGGUCUCAAGUGUGACUGAGGGCAAAGAGUCUCCAGGACUAACUGCUGGUCCCAAAAGAGCAAGAAAAGAAGAAACAGGAUCAGUCCUCUGAGAUCUGACCCCCUCAUUCAUGAGGACAUUUUCUGACUCCAGGAUGAUUUGUCACUCUCCAAACCAACAGUGAGCCUGAAGCUGUUGCUUCAGCUUUCACCAGGAAUAAAUCAUUCCCACGAGGGAGGCAGGAAAAAAAGAGAAGAGGAACAAGAGGAAGGGGGAGGAAAAGUCGGACAUCUACAAAAGACAAAAAAAGUCUUAAGUCAUUCCUCUUGUUGGAUAAAUUGCCCCCGCUGUGAAAUCUAGAAGAAAAGAAGGAAUUUCAUUGAUGAAUCCAAAGGAGGAUUGUUGUGGUCAGGUGCAAAGAAAAUGUGAAAACUGAGACAGGACAACAUUUUCUGUCCCAGUUUCUGUUAUUCUCAAAUCCAAUUAAAGGAAGAGGAAGAGACAGAAAAAAAAUCUAUAUAAAGAAGGAUCCAGAGGACGAGAUAUCACAGUUGAAAAUAAAAAAAAAGAAAUCAAGGAUCAGACUCUAUUUGUUGUUGUUUUUUUUUUUUAAUAAUUUAUUCCGAAGGAGCAACUGAAUGCACCUGUCAUUGCCAGCAAUUUGGUAAAGACAGCGAACAGAAUUGAAGGACCAAGUGAAAGGUGAGGGGGGGAUAAAUUGCAGGAGUGAAGAAGUAAAGAGUGAAAAGUCAUAAGACACAGAGGAAUAAAGGCAAGAUACAAGAAGAGACGGGGUUUAAAGUGGAGAAAAGGUGGAAACAUCAAGGCAGAAGACACAAAAAGGAUGAACCAGCUGCAACUGCAGGAAUAAAAAAAUAAUCCUACGAAUAAGCAUCAAAAGGAUAAACCGGGAGAAGGAACAAGUGAAACCCACGUGUGACAAUGAGGCUCCUGCUGCUUCUUGCUGCUCCACUCACCAUCUUCAUCCUCCACUCUUCAGUGGUGGCCUCUGCUGGCAGCAUGACCUCAGGCCGACUGGAGCGCUGGGUGCGCUCGGGCCUCCAGUCCCUGCAGUGGGACCAGCUGGAGCGGUGCCUCCGCGUGCCCUCCCUCUCUGAAGCAGAGUGCAGGCAGCUCGCCCACCUGCCGCUGUCUGCUGUGGCCGUUUACGUGUCUGAGCCACAGAGCGCUGCAGGUAACUCCGCUAAAGUUCUGGCCAUCCUGCCGGACUCCUCGGGUGGCACAGUGAACUCCAAACUAAGGGGAGGCUACGGCGUCAGCCCACUGCUGAAUAGAGGAGACGGCCCACGAAGACACCAGCAGCCUUUGACUGGUUCCACGGCCCACGACGCUGUGCUGGUGCUGGAUCCGAGCCCCGGGGAAAACUUUGGACACCCAGUAUUUCUCUUCUACGUGGAUGUGAAUGUGACAAAGAAGAGGUGUUCCCAUCUGGAUGGCAUUUACCUGGGUGAGGAGUGUUUGACUCUGGCUUUGAAGGGUCGUUGCCAGAACCAGCUGAAACGUUGGCAAGCAGGGCCAGAGAGGCUUAUGAGUAAUGGUUGGCUGGCAGGUGGGGCACUGCGAGGCGGCACCAUUACAACUAGCGGAGGUGGAGGCCGCUUGGUAGAACGGACUAUCGGAGGGCUCUGUGAAGUCCACUUCCUCCCACUGGUGGUUGGAGUUGGAGACAGCAACCGGACACAGAGACUCAGAUGUGUUGAGCACACAGAGUUCGCAAGGUGUCCUCAACCGCUACCCAUGGGCUCUCCCAGUUUGCCCGACUCUAGCUGUGAGCUGAAUAAAAACACCAGACGCUGCCACCAGCAGCCACUGGCCACUCACCUGUCCUGUCGCCUCUACCAGACCUGUGACCACGCUGUGCUCAUUUCAGGUGGCUGGCGGCAGCAGAUGACGUUCCAGCGCCACGUUCAGAAUCUCCAGAGGUUUUACAGAAUGCUCCGGAACAAUGGCUUUCACAAAGAUCACAUCAAGACCUUCUUUGCCAGUAGUGGACAGCUUCCUGAGGACUUAGAGGGUGUUUACUCGGCGACGGAGAAAGCGGUGAUCCGUAACCACGUGUCCUACAUCUGCAGGAAGCAGCACUGCGCCGACACGCUGGUUCUCUACCUGAACUCACCGACGCGCAACGACGGCACCAUGCUGCUGUGGGACACCAACCUCAAUGGCAUCGCUGAUCUCAAAGAGCGAUACUCAGUCAACGAACUGCUAGCCGACCUAGCCGGCUGCAGAGCGACUCGUGUUCUGCUCUUCGUGGAUCAGAGCUACAGCGGCGUUCUCUCGAAGAGGCUACGCGGAUCCCAGAAACACCGGAACGUGGUCCUGAUCCAAAAGCAGCCACGACAGAGUCACCAGAACCAGAGGACGACCCUGGGCUCGGAGGACAGCAGCUGGUCCUUCAUCAGCCCUGCCGUCUGCCUACUGGACCACCUCGGCAAGGACGCAGGGACAGUUCACCUGCUGGAGCCAUGGACGGGCCUUCUAAACGUGACAUUGGCGGGGGCCCCCUGCAACGCCACGCCGCCUCUGACCGACAGGGAGAUGCGGCGAGAGUACCAGGGCUGCCAGAACCUGCCAACCGCGCUCUGGCACCAGAAACACAACAGGAGGACCAACUGAGACAGCGAGAGAGAGAGACAGACAGAGAGAGCGAGAGAGAGACUAAGACUGACCGUGAGAGAGAGAGAGAGAGAGCAGAGAGAGUGACUUAGUGGGAGACAAGUUAAAAUUGGACACACACUCACACACAGAGGGUUUACACACAAGAUGUUUGUAGGGGUGUGUUAACUUAGGACUUUGGUUUCAGAGUGCACAGUGGACACCGGAGUAUGUGUGUUUUGUGUCCUAACUCUGAACUCAGAGAGUGUAACCAUGGCGAUGACAGCUCAUCCCAUUGGGAGUGUCCUGAACACCAUGUGAACUGUGUGCAUGUGUGCAUGUGUGUGUGAGAGACAGAGUUCAGCAAGAGGACAACCACUCUUGGAGUCUAUUGCUAGCUUGUGCUCGGGUCACUGUGUUGUGUGUGUGUGUGUGUGUGUGUGUGUGUUAUCUCCUGGGCACUUUAACAUUUCAGACUCAAUCAUCUGCCUCUAUUUUAAUCUUGACAACCAGGUAUUUUUUCCUCUUGCUCCAUUUUCUUCCUUUGCUUUACCUUUUGUUUCCAUCUUUGCUUCCUACGUUCCUCUUCCACUGCCCUCUCGCCUCCUCCUCCUCCUUCUUUUAUUCCUGUCUUUCCUUGCAUUUCUUAUUGCAUUUCUAAAAAAGUAAUGCACAUAAUCUUAGUUUUCACAGAUUGACAAAUCUCUUAACUGCAUUUUGGAGAAACCUUUGCUUUUGAUGUCACGGUUGUGCUUUUACAUUCAGUAUUUGCAGUAGUUCUUGAGAAUAUAUGUGGCCCAGACGGCUGAUUUCAGCUGGGGAUGAAUACAUAAUUAAAAUGUGUGUGAGGUUUGUAGCCACAGGACUGUGUGUGUGUGUGUACUCGUCAAACAUGUAACAGGGGACCUCGGUGUCGUUAUACACUCACCAAUUGGGGACCUUCAUGCUAACAGGGGACAUUUUUCAGGUCCCCUGUUGGUCAUGAUAAAAUGAUGUCUCAGAUCCUCUGGUGAAUUCUUUUAUUUGACCUGCAUGUGUGUGUGUGUCUGUGACUGACUCAGUUUCCAAGUUCAUCGUUACGAAGAAAGGGACAUACUUUUAGAAAACAUGAUUGUCAUGAUUUUUUUUAUAAUAAUUGUGGGAAAUAAAUAAAUAAAUACACAGUGAAUAUGAUCUUACACCUAAAUGAACAAGUUUAUACAGUAAUAAUAUAGGAAAUAUAUGGUAGAUUGUUAGCAGUUUGAUAAAAAAACAAACAAACAUACAUGCUGUUGCAAUAUGUCAAUCAUUCAAGAGCUGUGACAACCAGAUCAGGUGUGUUUUUUAAUUAAAUUAAAUUAAAUCAAUUAAAUUCAUACUUUAUUAAGGACCCACAAAUGUGUUUUCCAGUUCUCAGUGAUAAAUAAAAUAUCACUAUAAUGGAAAGACGGCCUUAACUUUGGAUUUUACCUGUAAAUAUCAUUAUUAUCUGAUGACAGGUGUUUGUUUUUCUCUUUUUUUUCAUUUUAUUUUUGACAUUUUUUGAUGACUUUUCAUGCUGAUGGAUAGACACAAGGUUAAAACAAGUUUGUACAGCAGUCAUCAUGAUUAAGACAUGAAGCACUGAGACCAUCCUCGCUGCUGCACAGACAGUCGAAUGACGUAUUAAUAAAGGCAUGACAUAAAACAUGCACAUCUUCAAACAUUAACGCAUCCGUCGCCGCUCGUACUUUGUCAUUUUAUUACCUUUUGUCGUACUAGUUUCUCUCCAUUUCAGUAACCACACAGUACAUACAUGUAUAUACCACAGUCCGUUGUGUAUCUGUCUCCCACCCUGUUGUUUUAUAUUGACGUUUGCUGUUGUACUGACUUUACUAUAGAGAUUUGUUUAUUCAAGACAUUUUGGGACAUUGUGGACCAGUCCCCUACAAGCUGACAUUGUGUGCAUAUUCACAAUUAGGAGUAAUAAUCUGUACAGAACAUGAGGUUGUAAUUUAGCUGAAAUGUUUCUAGUUGCAUGUGGCAUCACAAAAUCUAUAGUCAAUAAAGUACUUUUAGAAAGCA